CCGUCAUGAUUUGGUUCUUAUGCAGGAAAUCAAGGCCGAAGAUGACACUGAGUAUCUUUGUCAAGAUAAUGCUGAUCAGCUCACUCGAGCCGGUGCUUGAUCACAACUUCUUCUACACCGGGAUGAAGUAUACGACAGCGACGUUUACGGCUGCUAUGUGCAACAUUCUUCCUGCCUUAACCUUUGCAUUGGCUUGCAUCUUCAGGCUCGAGAGAGUGGAGAUCGGGAAGGUGCGUAGCCAAGCGAAGGUGGCUGGGACAGUGGUGACGGUCGGAGGAGCAAUGAUGAUGACUCUUAUCAAGGGGCCUAAUCUAGAAUUGCCGUGGACAAAGGGAUGGAACCACCGCAUUAGUCGAUCCGGUACGAGCGGAGCUCACAAGCAAGAUCUAAUGAUCGGUGCUCUUAUGCUCAUUGCAGGCUGUUGCUGUUGGUCUUGUUUCAUCAUUUCUCAAGCAAGGAUCCUAAAAUCAUACCCGGCUAAGCUUUCCCUUACUGCUCUCAUAUGCAUCAUGGGCACGGUGGAAGGUACCCUUCUCGCAUUAGUAGCGGAAUGGCACAAUACAUCAGUCUGGCGAAUCCAAUUCAACACCAAACUCGUUGCUGCUCUGUAUGGCGGGAUGGUGACUGCAUUCGCCCUAUAUACAAUGGGGUCGGUAAUGAAAGUAAGGGGUCCGGUUUUCGUGAGCGCUUUCAAUCCGUUAGGCAUGGUUAUCGUCGCGGUUUUAGGCUCCUUCUUCUUAGCCGAAGAAAUGUACCUAGGAAGAGUAAUUGGCAGCAUUGUCAUUGUAAUCGGCCUAUAUCUAGUUUUAUGGGGUAAGAGCAAGGACCGACCUCAACUAAGGUCGGAAGGCACGGUGGUGCGAGCCGAUCGACAAAUGGAUACUAUUAAUGGUCAAAUAGAGAAUCCAGACCCUGAAUCUAUUAUCAUAGAAAGAUGAUUAGAAGCAUAUGUGAAGUCUUUCAAUUUUCUAUAUAAGGAAACCAGAGAUCAACCACACAUAUACAUACACAUGAUGAAGAUUGAUUAAUUGAUUAAAACAUCUAAUCUAACUGAUUGUAACUUCAACAUUGGAUUAAAUAUUUU